GACUAGGCGUCACCUCCCUUUUUUUGUUUUUUUUUUGUUUUUUUUUCCUUUUCGAAGAGGGUGAUUUAGCUGUGAGACCUGAUAUAAUGGGUAACCGCCUGUCUCCAGCUCAACGGGAGUUUUAGAUCCAAAUUAAGUCCCACCUUGUUUUAGGGAACAUUUCUUUUAAUAAGAGAGAUUUAAAGCCUUUUGUUAAAUUUAUUUUUGAACAUUUUCCUGCUAUUACACGGGAAGAUGUUUUGGUGCCUGAUUUCUGGGGAAGAGUUGGGAGAAAGAUUUACGAUUUACAAGUUCAGGGGAGGAUUUCAGUCGGUCGUUUUUUUCCGCUUUUUCAUUCCAUUCUUAAUUUGUUAAAAAAGAAGAGAGAGAGUUGGGUCCCCAGUUCACCUACCUCGUGUUCCUCCCCCCCCAAUCCUAUUCCCUCUUCCCCUAAGGGCGGAUCGGGAGACAGAUCCUGCCAUACAUCGGCACAGAGCUGCUGCCGUCUCUCUGCUGCUUCCCGAUCCUCCCUGUCCCAUUCGUGUGUUGGGACUGGCCACCCCAACACACGUCAUUCCUGUUCCCUCUAUACCAGAGACCCUAAUCCUAGUUUGAAACCCUGUUGCUCUUUAGAGGACUUAACUGAACAAAUAGGACAAAAUGGCGCCUGCCUCAUGGCGAAAAAAGACCAGCCCCAAGAUGGCGCCCCUCCUUCUCCUUCACCCCAGAAAAUUCCUGACAUCUCGCCCCCGCCUCCUCCCCCCACUCCGUCGAGUGCCGCCCCUGUGUCGGGACCCGUCCCCUCCUUCCCUCUGACCACACCCCUGGGUGGGCCCCCUGUGGCUGGGACCAGCCCCCAAGUGGGCCCAGCCCCCGUGGGUGGGAACCCCCCACCAGAAAGUCACGCCCCAGUGGGUGGGUCGGGACACGCCUCCUCCUCUCCUGCCACUGCCAGUACCGGAACCAGGAAGAAGCCUGGCCGGAAGCAGGCCAUCCUGGCCUGUCGGACGCACGGUCUCCGGGACCCACCGGCCAGGGGGAGGCACCGUGCCCUAACCCAGCCUGCUUCAUCCUCGGAAGAGGAUGAGGAGAGUGGCAGCCCCCAGCAUUCCAACAAGUCGGGGGGGGGGGGUUGGGCAAAGAUCAGAGAGGAGGCAAUUAAGGAUGGGAAUUUGGAAUUGGCACGGGACUUGGGCAGCUUUGCGGCACCGGUCAUCCUCUGGCGGGGGAGGGAGCCAAAGUGGGAGCAAAUUCCAUACGCUGAGGUGAAGGAGUUAAGGAAGGCUGCCAAAGAUUAUGGCAGAAACUCGCCUUUCUUUAAAAAUGUGCUGGACUUAACAUUUGCUGGACGUUUCCUAGUCCCCCAUGAUUUAAGGUAUAUUGCUAAGGCACUGUUUGCUCCCACCGAAUGCGACCUCUGGGAGAUUCAUUGGAAAAAACUGUUGAAACCACUCCUGCGCAAGUAUGAUCUCGCAGAGGUGGUGGGAGAGGGGGAUGAGGCAAUGGAAGCCCUUGCUGGAGAAGGGGAGUUCAGCAGUCCGGAGGACCAAAUUCUACUAGCACAGGAGCUGCUUCAGGACAUAGCAGCAGCGGGAAAGGAGGCACUCCUGAAGAUACCGGAUGCGACAAGGGUACCAGCCAGCGGGAAACUGGCGGCGAAGCGCGAGGAAGGGCCGCGCGAUGACACCAAGUGGCCCUUCUCAGCAUCCCAGCCUCCCGACCAUCAGGGAGGACGAGUGGCCGCGCGGCCAAGUCCAGCAGUUCAGCGCAGCCACGAGGACGGACUCCGCCUCUUCCGCCGGACAGGUACCCUAAAUCAGGGCAAUCAUCAGGUCCUCCGCAGCAGCGUCACCAUCUCUCUCCAGGAUGAGGACCUGACGAGAAUUCCUGCUGGGUUCCUGGGCCCCCUCCACGACUGUCGGGACACCACCGUGCUCAUCUUAGAAGACUCCUUCAACACGCCAAAUGAAAUCACCAUCUUACCUGAGGUAGUGUGUUUUCCACCAGGAGAGGAGAUCACCGUCUCCGUCAUUUGUAACCACCCACCAUUUACUUUAAGGAAAGGCGAUCCUUUUGCUUUGCUUUACGUACUGGACACCCACGAUGACCCGGACACAGAGAGACAUGUUUUCUUCACCCAAAAUGUAUGUAAAGAAAGACCAUUAAUUGAUGCCAAACUUUCUUUCCAGGGAAAGUCGGUGCAGAUGCGGCUCAUGGCAGACACAGGAGCUGACGUGACCAUCAUCCCCCAGGUGAGGUGGCCCAGCGACUGGGAGCUUGUGCCCCCUUGCGGCAGGAUCUCCGGUGUGGGCGGAGCGGUCCACUCUCUGAGGAGUAGGCAUCUUGUGUGCGUGGAAGGUCCGGAAGGACAAUUGGCAACGACUUUUGUAGCGCAGAUUUUAUCACCUGUGCGUCGGCUUUUCCCUGAGGCCAUCAUCCUGCAUGACAUGGAUGAUGUGCUAGUUUGUGCUUCCGACUCGACAUACCUAAAGGCAACACUGGACAAGACUAUUAAGGCUAUCAAAGCUGCAGGGCUCCAGAUAGCAGAAGAGAAGAUCCAAUUCUCAGCACCAUGGAGGUACCUCGGAUUCCUCAUCACGGGAAGGACAGUGACGCCACAGACACUGACCAUCAACAAGGAUCCGAAGACUCUGCGAGACCUUCAGCAGCUGUGCGGAACGAUCACCUGGAUCCGCCCCCUCCUGGGACUGACGACUGAGGAGCUGUCACCUCUCUUCUGUCUGCUUCGAGGCGACGGAGACCUCGCCUCACCACGCGAGCUGACACCUGCCGCGCGGGAAGCCCUGCAACGGGUUGCUGUUGCUCUGAAGUCUCGCCAGGCACACCGCGUGGUCCGGACCCUUCCCGUGAACUUCGCGGUGUUGGGUAAGUGCCCCCACCUCCAUGGACUUCUCUUCCAGUGGGAUAACAGAGCAUCUGAUCCCCUGGUCAUCUUAGAGUGGCUCUUCCUACCACACCAGCCCUCUAGGACGAUCACGACCCCUGCAGAAUUGCUAGCCACUUUAAUAAUGAAGGCACGACACCGCCUCUGAACCCUCGCAGGGUGUGACCCUGAGUGCAUUUACUUACCUGUUAGAUUAGAUCAAUUGGACUCAUUGUUGCAAACUAAUGAAAAUUUGCUCAUUGCUCUGGACAGCUUCCCCGGACAAAUUUCGGUUCACUAUCCUAAGCAUAAAUUGUUUAAGGAUACAUUGCAUUUGGCCCCGAGAAUGUUUAAAAGCAAAACACCAAUUCCAGGUGCUCUCACGGUGUUCACCGAUGGGUCGGGCAGAUCCCACAAAUCGGUGAUCACUUGGAAGGACCCGGACAGUCAGAAGUGGGAGUCUGACGUCCAAGUGGUUGAGGGUUCCCCCCAGAUGGCGGAACUUGCCGCAGUCGUGAGAGCAUUCAAAAAAUUUCAACAGCCUCUGAAUGUGGUCACUGAUUCGGCCUAUGUCGCUGGGCUAGCAGAAAGGGCCGAAGGUGCCCUCCUCAAAGAAGUUUCAAACACAAAUUUAUACAGUUUACUCUCUGAUCUCAUUUGGCUACUUUCCCAUAGAGAGCAACCUUAUCAUAUCAUGCACGUAAGGGCACACACCGAUUUACCCGGAGAGAUCACUGAGGGUAAUCGGAAAGCGGACCUCCUAGCCAUGUCAACACAAAUAUCUGCAACCGCUUCAACCACCUUACCAGACAUACUCCGGCAAGCGCGGCUCAGCCGUGCAUUUUACCACCAGAAUGCCCCGGCUCUAGUGCGACAGUUUAAGAUCUCGAUAGCACAGGCAAGAACCAUUGUUUCUACCUGCCCGAGCUGCCAGUCUUUCGCUCUUCCUUCCCUCAUUUCGGGGACAAAUCCCCGAGGGUUGGGAGCGCUAGAGAUAUGGCAGACAGAUGUAACACACUUCGAGCCGUUUGGUCGGAUGAAAUACAUACAUGUCUCUAUUGACACGUUUUCCGGCGCAGUGUUUGCCUCCGUCCAUGCAGGCGAAAAAACCAGGGAUGCCAUGAAACAUCUUUUCAUGGCAUUCUCUACGUUGGGAGUCCCAUCUCACAUAAAAACUGAUAAUGGCCCAUGCUAUGCGUCAAAGCGCUUCGGUGAGUUUGCGCAACAGUGGGGAAUUUCCCAUACCACCGGAAUUCCCCACAAUCCUACAGGACAGGCGAUAAUAGAGAGGGCCCACAGAAAUCUAAAAAGGCUCCUUGAACAACAACAUAAGCCGGACAUUACAGUGAGCCCAGCCGAAAGGUUAUGUAAGGCCCUGUAUGUCCUGAAUUUUUUAAACUGCUCAGAAAGGGAGCCUGACCCUCCUAUUAUCCGCCAUUUUCACAAUAACACCAGAGCGCAACUCGCCGAGAGGCCACCAGUCUUGAUAAAGGACCCAGAAUCCAAAGCUAUCCAGGGCCCUUUCCCUCUAAUAACCUGGGGGAGAGGGUAUGCCUGUGUUUCUACAGAUAAAGGACCAAGAUGGAUUCCGGGGAAAUAUGUCAAGCCCUUUGUAGAGGUGCCAGCUCAGCAAGACAACGUGUCCUUGGUGCAAAGCACCGAGAACACCUCAUCGCUGGACGGAGUUUCCACUGCCUGGAAGAGGAGGAGAAGAAAGACCGUUCCUCCCAAUAUCGUCACACGUGUCAUGAUUACCCGAAGAUAUUUUCCCCCGCUGAACUCUAUGUACCCAAUUACCCCAUCGCCCCCUGUACCCUUUCCUUUCCCCUAACCUCCCCUUUCCCUCAAUCCUUACCCCUUUUCUCUAAUUUUAUUUAGUGCUUAUUUAGUAAAUAAAAACGGGGGAGGUUGGGGAGGGACCACUGAGGAAAAUUUAUCAUUCAAGUUAUGCUUUCUUUUAUCACAAGACGCUGAGGAUGACUACCGCCUUGAGGACACCUCUGAAACAUCUGAUGCUCCUGAUCGUCAUCAUCUGGCUGUCACCGGUCAGGAGCUGGAUAGUCCCACAGCUGAGAGAAAACAUAUGGGUCACGCUGGCGAAGUCCUUGAAGCAGGACAACUUCUGUAUGGCCAUGGGAAGUGUGGACAAUCCGUUAUCCACGUGCCUGGUAGGAGUCCCCCUGUCGCCAAACGACUAUCCAUAUGCAGGAAAAAAACCUAAUCCUGUGGACACCUGGGAUGAGUGGACGAGGAUUCUGCCAUAUGCACCACAGGAGCCCCAAGAAUUGGACCUAUUGGGCUCCUCUCAGGCAACAUAUUGUGUCAGGUUUAGGUACCAGCCCUCCCAGAAAGACUGGGAUCAAAUGGCUAAACUCCACCCCGCUGGUACCCAAGAAGUAAAAAGACACGAUGUAUCUCCCCACGAUGGGAGAUACCAUGCAGCAAAUUGGUGCAAUUACACCUCGACCAUGGUAUCUAGGUCCUCCUCAGUUCCCAGGGUGCUCCCCAGGGGGGUUUUUCUCAUCUGCGGCGACAGGGUGUGGGCAGGGAUUCCCUCCCAAAUCCAGGGAGGCCCCUGCAGCCUUGGGCAGCUUACCACACUGACACCGAACAAAACCCAAAUUUUAAAUUGGAAAAACGAAAAUAAAUUGGCUCGCAAAAAGAGAUCCUAUAACCAAUUCGACGAAAAUUGUGAUUCAAAAAUUUACAAUUGGGGAAAGACGAAGAGAGUCACGGUAUCCAUAUUUUUACCAUGGUAUGCCACAGCAAAGGCCCUCGGUGAGCUUUCUCACCUCGAGUGUUGGCUCAGUAAGCAGGCCAACGCCACGUCCGCUGCCCUUUCCCACUUGCUAGCGGACGAAGAAGUCACCCGGCACGCCACACUGCAAAAUAGGGCUGCUAUUGACUUCUUACUGCUCGCCCAUGGCCACGGCUGUGAGGACUUGGAAGGAAUGUGCUGCUUCAAUCUGGCAUCAAAGAGCACAUCCAUCCAAGCUAAUAUCCAGCGGAUCCGAGAGCAAGUUGACGACCUCAAGACUGAGACCUCGACUGUAGAUCCUGUGAAUAAACUGCUGUCUCAA